AUGGCGUUGCUGGAAAGGUGUCCUCUACCCCCUUACAUUCUGUGUCCAAGGACAACCGCUGAUCGACGAUACAGUCUGAAGCCUUUCUGGCCACUGCUCUUCACCUUUGUCCUACCCCGUGCAAUCAAUUACUACCGGAUAGUCAAGACCACAAUCCGAACGCGCCCGCUGCCGCGAGCACUGCCCGAGAAAACCAGUCGAGGCCUUAACGUGCUGUUCGCUUCGAUCUGUGUAUUUCUCUACGCCUCGUUGCCCUCUUUCAAAGGCGACCUUACCAAGCACAACAUUUUCGUAGUGACACAGUCGAGGCUGUCAGCGGCAACGGACACACUAUUUGCGCGGCUCGCGCUGUUCCGUGAGCAUGGCGUCCUGACGGCCACCGACGAUGCUUUGCGCUCGAAACUCGGGUCUCAGGCUCUCCGCCAGAGCUACCUCCGGUUUGGUCCACAGACGCUUCUAGACUGCACGUUCUGCCAUCCAGACGACGACUUCUCCUUCCUGCUCUACUACUUGCCGACCAACGUUCUGCUUUCGCACCUUUUCCACAUUCUGUGCCUCGGCCUCGCAACGUCCGAGCCGAUCGCGGGCUUCGAAGCCAGCCGCUGGCGCACACGCGCCCUGCUCGGCGGCAUUGCCUUGGCUGGACUCGACUUCGCCAUAGCCAGCAUGUACGCUCCGAUCGUCGACCAAGGAACGCCCGCGCCCGCAGGCACGUUCUGGAUCGCCGCAACGCUGCGGCCCCUGGCGCUGUGUGUGUUCGAUGCAAUCGUGGCGUUUCUCAUCUACGCCUCUACCACACACCGGUUCUUGCUCUUCAACCCCGACUCGGCCACAGAUCCCGAGCUUACCCGUCGUCGUACUGAGGAGCUGCUCAUCACCGCGAACAUAGCGUUGCAGAUGACCCAGACAAACCUGCGGGCGUACUCGAUUGCGCGGAACGCUGUUGUGCGCAGUCCGCAGCUGAAGGCCGCGGAUGACGAGUAUUGGAGGAGAGUGGUGGCAAUGGAAGGGAUUGAUGGCGACGAGAGUUUGUUCGAAGACGAGGAGGUCCAAGCUGCGGUGUCGCGAGCUUACGGCCGAGGCGCCGUCAACGUCGCUGCCAUGAGGAAGGACGCUGAGAUGUUUGUACAGCACGCAACAAGGGGGCUGAAUCCAAGCGAGACAGGAGCCACGACUUCCUAG